AGUUUUUUCUUUCACUUUCUUUUUCUUUUUUCUUCAAACUUUUUUUAUUAUGUCUUUGUCCAACAAACUUUCUAUUAAAGAUCUUGACCUUAACAAUAAACGUGUCCUUAUUCGUGUUGACUUUAAUGUCCCCAUGAAAGAUGGUCAAAUUACCAAUGAUAACCGUAUUGUUCAAGCUUUACCUACUAUUAAGUAUGCUUUAGAACAUGGAGCUGCUUCUGUUGUAUUGAUGUCUCACUUGGGUCGUCCCAAUGGUCAAGUGAAUGAAAAAUAUACUUUGAAACCUGUUGCUGGUGCUUUGGAAAAGUUAUUAAAUAAACCUGUGACUUUCUUAUCUGAUUGUGUUGGUCCUCAAGUAGAACAAACCUGUCAAGCAGCUACUGGUGGUCAAAUCAUUUUAUUGGAAAACUUACGAUUCCAUAUUGAAGAAGAAGGUUCAGCUAAGGAUGAUCAAGGUAACAAAACCAAGGCUGAUCCUACCAAGGUCAAGGAAUUCCGUGAUUCUUUGAGUAAGUUGGCUGAUAUCUAUAUUAAUGAUGCUUUCGGUACUGCUCAUCGUGCUCACUCUUCCAUGGUGGGUGUUGAAUUACCUCAACGUGCUGCUGGUUUCUUGAUGCAAAAGGAAUUGGAAUAUUUUGCUAAAGUAUUGGAACAUCCUGAACGUCCUUUCUUGGCCAUUCUUGGUGGUGCCAAGGUAUCUGAUAAGAUCAAGUUAAUUGAAAACAUGUUAGAUAAGGUCAAUGCUUUGGUUAUCUGUGGUGGUAUGUCCUUUACUUUUAAGAAGACUUUGAAUGAUGUCAAGAUCGGUAACUCUUUGUUUGAUCAACCUGGUUCUGAAUUGGUCAAUGGAUUGGUGGAAAAAGCAAAGGCUAAGAAUGUCAAGUUAGUAUUCCCUGUGGAUUAUGUAACUGCUGAUAGUUUCAGUCCUGAUGCAAAGACUGGAUAUGCUACUGAUAGUGAUGGUAUUCCUGAUGGUUGGAUGGGUCUUGAUUGUGGUAAAGAAUCUAACAAGAUCUUCACUGAUGAAAUCUUGAGCGCAAAAACUAUUCUCUGGAAUGGUCCUACUGGUGUAUUUGAAUUUGACAAAUUCUCUGUUGGUACCAAGGAAGCUUUGAAGGCUGUUAUCGAAGCUACCAAGAAUGGUGCUACUUCUAUCAUUGGUGGUGGUGAUACUGCUACUGCUGCUUUACAAUGGGGUGCUGAAGGCAAGAUUAGUCAUAUCUCUACUGGUGGAGGCGCUAGUUUGGAAUUAUUGGAAGGCAAGGUUCUCCCUGGUGUUGAUGCUUUAUCUACCAAGUAAAUAUUCUCCCUCACCUACUCUCUCUUUCCCCCCUUUUUUUUUUACGUUAUAAAUACAUAUAUUAUGGGUAUUAUUGUGUGAUUAUUCAUUUUUUUUUUCUGUUUGCUCUUGGUUUUUCUCAUUAUAAAUAAAUCCUUU